CGGGCUCACUUACGGCCUUCAAGUUACGAAGGCCGUAAACAAAAACGGAGACAAAGGUCAUGCCAGACGGCGGGGCAUAAAUACUUCGGGGGAAUACGGAGAUAAGAAAGAAACUGCGUUCGUGGAACUCCAUUCUCUCCAAACUGCCUACUCUCGAACGCAAAAGGAAACGGGAUACUCUGAACAGCAGGCGUUGCGCUAGCAUGAAAACGGGGUGACAAGGUUACAGCGAAACGCGCUGCUCGAUAAUCCAUCCGUGGAACGUGAUGUCCGAAGGACGAACAUCGUGGUCGGAGGCAGAGACCAGAGCCUUAAUAAACCUCUGGGAGGCCAACCUGAGUAAUCUGCGACGACAAAAGCGCAAUGGGAAAGUUUACCAGCAGAUCACCGACAAGCUGCGUGGAGUUGGGAUUGUAAAGAACAAGAAGCAGGUGCACGGCAAGAUAGAAAAUUUAACCCAAAAAUAUAGACGUGUACGACGCAGUAUGGGCACGGGCUCGGGCGCAGUGUCGUGGCCGUUCUACUGGGACAUACACAAAUUUCUCGGUUCCUUCCCUGUCAACGACAUAACUAUCGUGGAGGACACACUCGCCAACCCCGAGCAGACGUUUUCCAAUAUAAUUGGCUGCAAUGUUGUAACUGAUGAAGGCGAGCAUUUUGAGGACAGCUGUGAUGCUCCUGGGCAGGAGACAGAGCAGCAUGAUCUGACUGGCAGCUCCAUCUUCGAUCACACCUCGGAAACAUCUCGAGGACCAUCAAGUUUAAGGAGCUCACCUGCUCCGAGUCCCACGCCACUUCCUGCACGGAGAAAGAGGAGAACCGAGAAGAGUGUGGAUAUCCUGCGAGAGAUCCUCAAGGAGAGCAGGGCUCUCCACGAGGAAAUGAUGGAGGCAACAAACAGAGAACAUGAACUGCGAAGGAGGCAGUUGCAGCUUCAAGAAGAGGCAAACGAAACACAAAAGCGUAUUGCUGCCUGCCUAGAGCAGCUUGUUAAAAAAUAAACGGAAAAAACUGUU